UUUUUUUUUUGUCUAUUUCUAUUUUCUUUGUAUUUGGUCCAGUCUUCGGUGUUAUUUUUUUCCUUUUCAUUCACACCACUUCUUCUUCUUCUUCAACCAUCUCUCUUUCUCAGUUUCAAUUCCAAUUCUCUUCGAUCUCUUCAAGUUUCGAUUUGAUCAAUCAGAACUCGAAAAACACACUCUUUCCUUUUCCCUUUCCCUCUUCAGUUCAGUCAUAUUUGGUAGCUUUUGAUACAAGGAUUAGGGAUUAUGCUGCUGGUGAGUUUUGUGGAAUAAGAAGAUAUAAAGUUCUUUUGUUUACAAGACUGAAAAGAUGUUGGAAGGUGGUGCUAAAUUCCCUGGAUUAAUAGAUCUCAACAAGCAUACAACUGACAACUAUUAUGAUUUCUCUCAAGGCUUUUACCAUAAGCUUGGGGAGGGUACUAAUAUGUCGAUUGACAGCAUGCAAACAAGUAAUGGUGGGGGAUCUGUUGCGAUGUCCAUAGAUAAUAGUAGUGUUGGGUCUAAUGAUUCCCAUACUCGCAUAUUGAACCACCAAGGGUUGCGGCGGCGUGCAAAUGAUAACUACUCUGUUCAAAACAGUGUAAAUCGUCGAGGAAGAGUCACACAUGCACUGAGUGAUGAUGCUUUGGCUCAAGCUCUAAUGGAUAGCAAUUCUCCAACUGAGGGACUUGAAAAUUUUGAUGAGUGGACAAUUGAUUUAAGGAAGCUUAAUAUGGGCGAGGCCUUUGCUCAAGGAGCUUUUGGGAAACUCUACAGGGGUACUUACAAUGGUGAAGAUGUUGCUAUCAAAAUCUUGGAAAGGCCUGAAAAUGAUUUAUCAAAGGCUCAGUUGAUGGAACAACAGUUUCAGCAGGAGGUUAUGAUGCUGGCUACACUAAAGCAUCCUAAUAUAGUUCGUUUCAUUGGUGCAUGCAGAAAACCGAUGGUAUGGUGCAUCGUAACGGAAUAUGCUAAAGGGGGUUCUGUUAGACAGUCUUUAAUGAAACGUCAGAAUCGAUCAGUUCCCCUAAAAUUGGCCGUCAAACAGGCUUUGGAUGUUGCUAGAGGAAUGGCAUAUGUUCAUGGACUUGGGUUGAUCCACAGGGAUUUGAAGUCUGAUAAUCUUUUGAUUUUUGGGGAUAAAUCAAUUAAAAUUGCUGACUUCGGUGUUGCUCGGAUUGAGGUGCAAACGGAAGGAAUGACACCUGAGACUGGAACAUACCGUUGGAUGGCUCCGGAGAUGAUCCAGCAUAGGCCUUACACACAAAGAGUGGAUGUGUAUAGCUUUGGGAUUGUUCUUUGGGAGCUUAUCACUGGAAUGCUUCCAUUUCAGAACAUGACAGCAGUACAGGCAGCAUUUGCAGUUGUAAACAAAAAUGUUCGCCCGAUUAUACCCAAUGAUUGCUUACCUGUUCUCCGUGAAAUCAUGACCAGAUGCUGGGACCCCAACCCUGAUGUCCGGCCACCAUUUGCAGAAAUUGUAGGAAUGCUUGAGAAUGCAGAGACCGAGAUCAUGACAACUGUUCGGAAGGCUCGAUUCAGGUGUUGCAUGACACAACCAAUGACUGCUGACUGAUCCUGAUAAAAAAAAAAAAAGAAAGAAGAAAAACAGAUGAAAGAGUCAUAAGACUGAUGAUGUUUUGGAGGGAACAUGAGACUGAGGUAGUAAAGGGUUGACUAUAUUAUAGAUUUGUGUAUCAUGUGUGUUUAAUUUCUUUCUUCAGAAGGAGAAAAAUUGAAAAUCUUAACUGGAACCUUUUGUUUUAUUGGCUUUCUAUUUAUUUUCUGUUUUGAAUUAGUAAGAGGAGAUUUGUGUAUGUAAUACAUGCAUGCACUACAGUUAUGUAUAGCUUUGAAAGCAAAAAUGGUUGAAAAUCUUGUGUUC